UAAACCUCUAGCUACCCAAACCAAACCCUAAUUUCUCUUCUCAAAAAAAAAAAAAAAAUCCAGCGGCGGCGGCGGCGCACAUGGAUCAGAUGGCGGAGCGGCAGCACAAGAAGCGGAAGCCGGAGAAGAUGGCCGGCGCGCGCACCAGCGGCCAUGAUAAGGAGGAGGAGAAGAAGGUGAAGGCUCCUUCUGUGUACCUGGUGGUAGGCCAUGAGGUGAGCUGGGCAACCUACUCCGUGUUCAAGGUGGAUCCCUACGCGGCGGCGAAGAGAGGCGGCGGCGGCGGCGACGAGGAGGAUCCCGCUCCGGUGCCUAUCCCUCGCCGGCUCGCCCGCAUCAGCGCCAAGUUCUGCAUGUCUUUCGCCCCCGUGCCCGUGCGCUCAUGGAUCGUCGGCGUCGGGGGCGAUUCAGCGGAUGAGGACUACGCCCCGGAGACCAUCGUCUUCGACACCGAGACUCGCGCCGUGAUCCGGGGGCCCAACCUCCUGUCGACCAAGCUCCACCCGGUUGUGCUCACCAUCGGCCACAAGAUCUACGCCCUGGCACGGUAUCCCUCCGUCACGGGGCAACUCGACUUCGUUCCAUGGUUCGAGGUGCUUGAUCUCUCCCAAGCGCGCGUGGUCGAUGGCCAUCUAGAGAGCUGCGAGUGGAAGCCCCUGCCACGGCCUCCCUUCUUCCCAUGGGACCUCACCCCAUUGCAGUACCUUUCUCCGCCAAUGGUUACUGUCGAGUCCUACGUUGCACUGGCCUCCUGCAUUCUGGUGUCAUUAUCUCAGCAGGAGGGCACGCACAUGUUUGAUGUCGACAAGGAGCAAUGGUCGAAACUGGAUGACAACAGCCUGCCAUUCGUCAGAGGCGCCGUUCCACACGGACCCAUCUUCCUUGGCUUAUCGAGAGCCAAGAAAAUCAUCACCGCAUACAAUAUCACAGUGGUCUGCCAACCAAGGUCAGGCGGCACAGCGCCGUCCUUAUCAAUUGUUGAGUUCCCUGUGGUGUCUGACAUGGAAGAGGAGAUCUUAAGCACACCAAUAUUUCUUUCUCUCGGUAGCCCUGGCUUCUGUUCUUUGAAAAGUUGGAGCGACCACCCAACGACGGAUGAUCCAUGUACUCGUGCACGUAUCAAAUUGAUGGCAUACCAUACAGAGGAACCCAUAUCACAAGAGUACAUCGAGUCUUCUCAUGGCUUAUUGAUACCGAACCAGUGGAAACAGGUGUACGAGAUAUGUGAUUCGUCCAGGGAAUUGAUUUGGCAAUGCCUGAUCACUGCAAUGUCCUUAUGAGUGUAUAAUCUUACGAACACUACAAAGUAAUGUAUAUUCCAUGAUGUUGGAGCCACCAGAAGUUUAUUGUAGAGGCUGGCUUAAGAAAACGGUUUACUUGUAGCACCCUACAAUUCCAGUAAAUUCUUCAGAGUACAACAGCUUUGCAUGGCUUCGAACUUAGGGAGUAGUGCUGCAGGGCAUCUUUUGCUUGUGUAUUAAGUGGAUUUAGAAUAUGAUAUUUGAGGAGAAAUGAUCCCCUGUAGUAUCUAUGCUGGACUGAUCUAAUUGAACCUGUCUAAAAGAGUUUCAUGUAUGAAACAGCUGUACGUAUAUGUGAUGUGACGUUUAAUCAUUCGUUUAACUAAAAAAAUUAUAUAAA